AUGGGUGUUGGCAAGACACAAAUACAGUCGGUGAUUAAAAGAAAACGAGAAAUUAUUGAAGAGUAUGAAGGGGACGGUAAUCUACAAACCAAGCGUCCGCGGAAAGCCACAGAAUAUGACGAUCUAAAUGACCUUGUUCACAAGUGGUUUUUAGAUGCUACUGGGCGUCACGUGAACAUAUCAGGACCACUCCUAAAAGAACGGGCGCUCAAGUUCGCAGCAGACUUGGGGUUAGCGUCGUUCAAGGCAUCAAAUCCAGUCGUAGUGGAUGACUGGAAAAAGCGUCUACCGACAAUCUGCGAAGGUUAUCAACCGUGUGACAUCUAUAACAUGGAUGAAACAGGAUUAUUCUACAAACAAAGCACAAGUGCGACGUUCUUCAAGAAAGGCGAGACAUGUGCCGGCGGGAAGAUGGCGAAGGAGCGCAUCACUGUGGGUUUAUGUGCCUCGGUAACGGGAGAUAAGCUGCCCCCAAUCAUCAUUGGGAAAUAA